AUCCCGACUCGAGGUUCUUUGCCAAACUUUCCUCUCUAUCUGCUGUCAAUCGUUGUCUCCUGUCUCUUUCUGCACUGUCCUAUCAAAUAAAUGAAAAAACACCCCCAAUUUUUAUGUAGUCUAAAUGCAAUUACUUGUUUUAAGAUUGUGAAGACUGGAUCACCACAGGCUUAUAUCUGUCUCCUGGUAUGAAGACAUACAUCACAAUACCUCCAGAGAUUAUUGGAAAAAAUUGGCAGGUACAGCUUGGUUGUCAGACAGAUAACAUUGGUGGAUCAAACAUCCUGAAGCGAGCUCCUGUGGUCCAUGAGAGAUUCUCCUUGAACUCAAAAAAGGUCCAGGUCUGUAAUCUGUGGGGAGGACUCAUCUACUUCAUAGCACCUCCCAAAAGCAAAGUGGAAGGGGUGGAAAUUGUUGUGCAGACCGCAGUACAGGCUCCAUACUUCAAGUCUGGAGAGACCAGUGUAGCUGACUGGGUGGGCAAGAUUCGUCAGAGACCUGCUCCCUGGGCAGAACUUGAGUUUGAAAACCUCAUCAUGACUAUGCCCUCAGAUUUCAUUCGGAAUCUGGACCGCCCUGAUGAGGUGGCUAAACUUUGGGAUGCCAUAAUGAGAAGCGUAACUGACUUGGCAGCAAGUCCAGCCAAAUUCCCCCGCAAGGAGCGAUUUGUUGGAGAUGUUCAGAUCUCUGCAGGUUUUAUGCAUUCUGGAUAUCCCAUAAUGAUGCUCUCCAGUUCUGCUUCAGAGUUACUAAAUGUGAAGGAACCCCAUAUUUAUGAUUUUUGGGGACCAAUUCACGAGUUGGGCCAUAACCAGCAGCGUCGGGUUUGGGAGUUUCCUCCACACACCACUGAGUGCACCUGCAACCUGUGGUCAGUGUACGUCCAUGAGAAAGUGCUGGGUGUGGAUAGGGCUAAUGCUCAUUCAUGCAUUACUCUACAAAACCGCCAGGAACGUAUUAAGCAGUAUUUCAAUGGUGGUAAGGAUUUUGAAAACUGGAAUACUUGGACAGCACUCGAGACUUACAUGCAGCUUCAAGAGAAAUUCGGCUGGGGUGCUUUCAAGAAAGUAUUUUCUCUCUACCAUGAUAUGAAAGAUGUCCCAAAUGACAACACUGGCAAGAUGAAUCUAUAUGCCAAGACCUUCUCUAAGGUGGUCAACCACAACUUGUCCCCGUUCCUCAAAGUGUGGGGUUGGCCCAUCCAGCCCAACACAGAACAGGAGCUCUCCCAUCUGCCAGCAUGGAAUGACCAUCCUGUAAGCCAGUAUGCAUAAGAACAUGUUGGAUAGCAAUGAAUUAUUCACACAAUUGCAGAUAAACUAUAACACGGAAUGCUUAAAUAGACUUUCUUGUACAUUAUUGAUUUAAUAUAAUUUUUAUUUGAUUAGUGAGUGUGUGGCGCUUGAAUGUGAUUUUAAAAGCACUUGUUAUUAAUCAAAGGUGGUUAUAUGCUAAGUGGCUAAAAAUAAUAAAUGCAACCAGAACAUGCACCUACUUAAAUAAAACAAUUACAACACU